UUGUUUGAUGAUUUGCUUUUGUUCUACGCAUGAAUCCAAAGUGUGGUGUUUUUUAUUACAAAUUCAUACAUAUCUUCAUAUUCUUUGAUUAUUGUGGCCAAAAAAAGAGAAAGUUGCUUGUAACGAUGUCACCUGAUUAGGAUUGAAAGAACUUUGGUUAAGAAAAAAAAAAAAAAAACUCUCCCCACCCCCACCAGAAGAGGAGCCCGCCCACCAGAGACAGUCAACCCGAGACCCCUUAUAGAUUUAAAAAGAGAGGCUGCAUUCUCAGACUGACACUUAUUCAACACUGCCACCUUAAGCAGAUUACUUUUUGCGCUGCUGCUGCCUGUGUGUGUCAAACACGUAUAGUUCACUUUGCCUCUCCAUCAUGUUUAGGAUGCUGAAACACCACCUCCACCCGGGCUUUUUUCUCUUGUUCAUAUGGCUUUGUCACCUCAUGGAACAUCAAAAAGUUCAAGCUGGGAACUGCUGGUUGCAGCAGGGGAAGAACGGGAGAUGCCAGGUGCUCUACAUGCCCGGGAUGAGCAGGGAGGAGUGCUGUCGGAGUGGAAGACUGGGGACGUCCUGGACCGAGGAGGACGUCCCCAACAGCACGCUCUUUAGGUGGAUGAUCUUCAAUGGCGGAGCUCCCAAUUGCAUACCUUGCAAAGGUGGAGAAACUUGCGAUAAUGUUGACUGUGGGCCUGGAAAGAGGUGCAAGAUGAACAGGAGGAGCAAACCGCGCUGCGUGUGCGCGCCAGACUGCUCCAACAUCACCUGGAAAGGACCUGUCUGCGGCGCGGAUGGAAAGACCUACAAAGACGAAUGUGCGCUCCUGAAGGCGAAAUGUAAAGGCCACCCAGACCUGGACGUGCAGUACCAGGGAAAAUGCAAGAAAACGUGCCGUGACGUCUUGUGCCCAGGCAGCUCCACGUGCGUCGUGGACCAGACAAACAACGCAUAUUGUGUGACGUGUAAUCGGAUUUGCCCCGAGGUGACGUCACCUGAGCAGUACCUGUGUGGAAACGACGGCAUCAUCUACGCCAGCGCGUGUCACCUGAGAAGAGCUACCUGCCUCCUCGGCAGAUCCAUCGGAGUGGCAUACGAGGGAAAAUGCAUCAAGGCCAAGUCGUGUGAGGACAUCCAGUGCAGCGCGGGGAAGAAGUGUCUGUGGGACGCUCGGAUGAGCCGGGGACGCUGCUCGCUGUGUGACGAGGCCUGUCCGGAGAGCAGGACGGACGAGGCGGUGUGUGCCAGCGACAACACCACAUAUCCCAGUGAAUGUGCCAUGAAGCAGGCUGCUUGCUCUAUGGGGGUGCUGCUGGAGGUCAAGCACUCGGGAUCUUGCAACUCCAUUACAGAAGACCAGGAGGAGGAUGAGGAAGAUGAGGACUCAGACUACAUGGCCUAUGUCCAUAUAUCUUCUAUACUGGAUGGAUAGGCCCCCAUCACUAGGGGAACAGUCCUAGGGCAAGGAAUCAUGUCCAUACUGUACAUUAUGUGUAUGCUUAUUUAUUUUUUAAAGAAAAAGGAAGUAUACAUAUAGUUCAGUCUGCUAGAUGUUUAUUUAUACUUUUUUGUGUUUUAUAAUUUAUACAUUUACAAUGUCAGGCUUACUAUCUACCAUGAUAUAUUGUGUUACCACUCAUUUUCCCCCCUUUUUGUUGUUGUCCCUUUUACUUUCUUUUUUUUUUAUCAUGAAGAAAUAUAUUUGUCCAAAGAGAAGCAGUGUUAUUUAUUUGUCAUGUUACCGUGUAAGUAUAAGUCCUCUACAAGCUGUAAAUUGCAUUCCCUAAAGCUGUAAAAAUCUGCUUGUUUCUGUCAAAUCUCUAUCACAGAUGUUUAUGUCACACAUACGUAAAUGCAUGUUUAGGCUGUGUGUUUAUUUAUUGGGAAUAUAUCAAUCAUUUUAUGUACAGAAGUGUUUCUGGUUUGUUUACAACUCAUAAUAACCGACCAAAGGGAUUAUCUCAAUGGUUUUGCAAAAAGAGCAUUGUAAAAGUUGCAACACAGCAGUGAUGAAAUGGAAGAGAAAAAAAAGAGCCAUUUGUUUUUUCUUUUCUUAUUUUUUUUUGGUUACUCCUCAGUUUUAGCCCUUUAGGUUUGUUUCCACACAGAAACGACAACUUUAGACAUUAUUCACUAGUAGUUAUUUUGUCUCACCACAUUAGAGCAGAGGUAAGUUUUUGGACGAUACUUGAUUACUUUGGAAACAAUGUGCCAUUAACAUUUGUGUGCUGUCUUCUUGCCAAUGUGCUCCAUAUUGCUCUCGCAGAGCUGAAAUAGGACUAACGUACCGCAGUACUCUACACAAUAUCAGACUUCAUCACUUUUGUUUCUUUUUCUUUCUUUUUUUUUUUUCCAGAAUACAUUUUUAUUUUCAAAACAUCACAAGAGAAAUACAAAAUUCUGUUAUGAAUAUAUAGUUUUGUAUUUUUUAUGUAAAUGUCAUAUGUACAUACAAAGUUUGAUGGUAUUUGUACAGAUAUGAAGAGUGAAACAAUAAAAGUUUUUUUCCUUAUACUU